AUGGGCUUCAAGAAGAAGGCGAAGAAAACUUCGGUCAGAUUUUUCCAACUCGAUUUUUUUCGAAUUUCUUGCUGGGUUUUUUUUUGAAGGAGAAACUGUGAAUGGUUGGAUACAAAAAAAUAUUCAAAAUAUUGCAUUACCUUAAACAGUUCAACUAGAAAAUUUGAAUAAUCUACAUUUUAACAAAAAAAUUUAACCUAGAAUUUAAGAAAGAGAAGACCAAAGGUUAAAAAAACGCCGUCGAAAUCCAAGCUAUCAGCCAAGAAAAAAGAAAAAAAAGAAAAGGUUUGAAUCUAAGCAUUAUUUGUUUGAAUAUGUCAUUAUUUUCAGAAGAAAAAAGAGAAAAAGGAGAAAAAGAAGAAGAAGGAAGUGAGAAGAAAAGAAAAACGAAAUAAUUUUUGAACUGUUUUUAGCAACCAGGCGAGACCAUAAGUGAGAGUUCCAGCAGUGACUCUACAAGUCCUACCGGCGUCGGCGAUGUGUUAGUUUCCGAGGAAAAAAAAACUGAAAAACUAUCAAUACUUCCAGAAUUGCAGAGGCAGUUAAUCAAACAAAGAUGACCGUAAUUUUUUUUGAUAAUGAACAAAUAAAAUCUCUCAAAUUUCCAGUAUAUGCUGGGUGCGUGUAAAACACCCCCGCCAAUUCCAGAGGACUUCAUGAAGCGUCUGAUGGCCUGCGAGCAGCCUGAUCUCUUUCAAGAUGGCGUUAAACUCACAGUACGUCAUUUUUAUUCAACAAUUUUCACACAAGUUUCAGGUUUUAUGACAUUGUUAAAAACUGCGCGAUUUAUCGGUAUAAAAAAAGAUGAAAAAAAAAAGCAAAUCCGAGAUAAAAUAAUUUAGAGAAAGUUACAUCUUCUAUUCGGACAAGACAAAAAUAGCCGGAGAAGAUUGAGAAAAAGAGAAAUGAUACAUAAAAGUGACGUGAAAAAAUGACAAAAACCAUACGGGAAGCAAUAAAUAAGCUUGGAAGACUUUUUGAAGAACAUCUGAAACGAGAAAUAUUUCUCGUUCCAUAUUUGAAUAUUACGACAUUAAUUUAAAAAAGAUAAAAGAAAAAAAAAAGUAAGAAAAAACUUACCUCUGAAGGGGCUUCUUCAUAGUGCAAAAGUGCGCGUUUUAUUCAUAAAAUUGUAAAAAAAAUUUUCUUAAUUUUUUUGAAAGUUUAUGCCGUGUUCAAAGUAAUUUCCGCGAAAUGCAAAAUGGUCUCUGACCCUCCAAAAUUUAGUUAUCUUUCUCUUUCUCUGACGGCUAUUUUGAAUUUCGCGGAAUCACUUUGAACACGGCAUUAAUGCCGCGUUCAAAGCUGAUUCGACGCGCGCAGCGAAAGAGUUUUUCUGGUUCAAAAGCACGAGCCGAAACGCGGUGUAACGAAAACUCAGCAGAUUCCCACGACGUGAUUGGUUGGCCCCGCCCAGCAAUAAAUAUUUGUUUUCAAAAUGUUCCUCUUGCCAGCUGGGCGGAGCCUCCGGUAUUUCUACAGCAGGCUUAUGCGUCAGGCCGAGCGGCCCGGUCCGAGCCGGUCUCUCCCGGGCUUUGGGACUCAAUUUUUUAAAAAGCCUGCGCGGGCUCGGGUCAGGCCGGGCUUUGGAAGAAAUCGUUAAAAAGGCGAAAAUGGGCCGAUAGACUGACGGUCCGGCCCUCCCACAAGCCUGUUGUACAGCUUCUCCCCCGUCUGGCGCGACUUUGCGGCGAGGAUUUCGCAGGCUUGCGCCGUGAAUUGCGCGAGUAUGUGCACAUGUUAGCCGCAAGCUUGCGCGUAGAGGCGCAAGGGUUGCGCGAAUUAUCCAUGGAGCACGCAUUCGUGAUAUCCUUUUCCUUUCUCCUCCUCGUCCUUCCUCUUAUUUUCCUCUUUUGAGUUACAACGCUCAAAGGUCGCCUGUAUUUUAUUUAACUCAAGCUUUUUUUCUAUUUAUCCAUAGCAUUGAAUUUUUCAGCUUGAUUUAAACAAAAAAAUACAAGCAACCUGUGAGUGUCGCAGCUCAAAGAGGCUGAACAAACACAGAAAACUUGGAAAAAAACUAUAUUUAUUUCUAAAAUGAACUAAUUUUUACACUUUACAACAAUUGAAGUCUUUAAGAUGCAUUGGAUUUCAUGGUAUCAAUCAAUAAUGAAAGGAAAAAAAGAUAACGUGAGAAUGGUAAAAUUUAAGCUAUGUUUAAUAAUUACAAUGACUCGAAUUAUUUCCAGUAAUAAAACAACCGGGGGUUUUGCAAAAUAGUAAGAUUCAGAAGACCCGGAAGUUCAGAAACAGUGAAAAAAAAGUGAAACAUGGAACAAUUUCAAAACGCAGAAAUAUCAAAAAAAUACAUCAUGACAUACAAUAAAAAAAUUUCCACUUGCAAGAGUUCUGAUACUUCAAUCUAAUGAAAAAGUAGUAUUAUAAAAGUAUUUUUUUCAAAUCUUUUUCUGUGCAGUUUAGUGAGCCUAUUUCUCUGCAAAUUUUUGAAACCCAGUAGGUAAACUUUUUGUUUUUCAAGCAUCCCUAUCCAGGUCUAUCUAAAAAAAUGUUGCAACUCAACUUGCAAACAAGUGCCUGCGUAGUUACCUGGUAAGGGCUAGGUAAAAUAUAAUUACAAGUAGCUUGAAUAAUUGAUCGCGCAUAACGAUUUCCAGUAUAGUCUCGACUUUUUCAGAAAACUACAUGAAAUUAUGAUGUUCAUAUUCUUGCAAGUGGGUUUUUCAACAAUAUAAAAGAUGUGUACAGUUGCGCUAGCAGAAUCUCGAUAGUGUUGAACACAAUUUCUUCCUUCAUUCAUCCAUUAGCCUCGGAAAAAAAGUCUUCUAAUAAGGGCCUGCGAAUCGAUGGCUUGGGACGUUACGCAGCGAACGUUCCAUCGCUCUCAUCUAAAAAAACUUUUUUUCAAAGAUAAAAAAAUAAUCAAAAUUACUUUUUAUUCGCAUAUUUCGAACCAGGGUGGAGGAACCUCUUUCUUUUUGACCAUCAUCGUGUCGAAAAAUUCGGCGUAUCAUAGCUGAAGUUUUAUAGUUGCUUUUUUUCACUUUAUACGAUUUUUUUGUUAAAAUAAAAACAUAUUUUUUUGUUAAACAAUCACAUGAUUAUCAGGGUCCCUUUAAUUUUUUUAUAUGAACAGAUAUUAUAUCUGGUACACUGCGUCCAAUAAGGAUAGGACCACCCUCGAUCAUGGACUUUUCGGCGAAUCCAGAAAAUAUAUCAAAAAUCUGUUAAAGCCAUCCGAUUGAGCGUAAAGAAUUACCUAUGGAACCCAAGUUUCAUCAUAAUAGCCAUUUUAUUAAUAUUAAUCCAUCACAAAAUCGUCUUUUUUUGACUCUGAUAAACUUUUUUUCGAAAUCUCUUCAAGUUUUUCUGUAUAUAUCCUUAUUAUAGACGUAGUGUACAGCUUUUGGAUUGUACCAAGAACAUAAGAGAAAUAAUGAAAUGUUAUUCGAAAACUACAAACCUCAACAUUGCAAACUUCCAUAUAUCAUGUUCACCACUCCAUGAGAAUCUUAUUGUUGAACUCUCUCUUCAUUAGAUCUGAAAAAAAUUCAGUAUUACAGCUAAUACAAAGAAUAUCGAACUCACUUUUUUGUAAUUUCUGGAGUUAAUUUUUAAGAAAAAUAAUCAAAAAAAACGUCUUCGCUAGGAAGAAAAACAAAAUAAUUACCUUUCUCAAAGUAUAAUCGGAUAAACCAAUACAUCGAAUCUCUCGAAAAAAAGAUACGUUUCGACGCGUCGCAUACAAAUAUGAAGUCAACUAAAAAAACGAUGAUGAUAAAAUUUCAUUUAUAAAAAAACCAGAAAAAAAUAUAUAGAAAAAAAGAAAACAUAAUUUAGGAAAAUAGAAAACAUAGACGAAAACAGUUUCGGAAUUACUGUAAAUGAGUUUGUGAGCUCUAAAGCAGCCCUCCCAUAGCGCAAGCUUGCGCCCUGUAUUGCGCGAGGUUCGCGCAAAUUUUUAGCGCUGGGUUUUUUUCUUGGCGCAAGCCUGCGGAACUUAAAUCUCUCGCCGCAAAGUCGCGCCAGACGGGGGAGUAAUGUCCGAGAUCUUUCCGCGUCCUUGCGUUCGUUGGAGCGUACUUGCGCAACAGAAUUUUUUUGAAAAUUCAAAAUUACUUUAAAAUUCGUUUUUGACUUUUCUGAGACGUUUCGAUUGAAUCAAGUAUUUUUUUAAGAUUUGCGAAAAUAAAUGAAAUUUCAUGAUGUCCAUGGAAUAGCGGAAGCUUUCAAAUCAUAAAGAAGCAAUUUAACGAAGUUUCCCUUGAAAUCAUCCGUAUAAUUGGAGAUCAGCCUUCAAAUCGGUUUUAAGACGGUUGUAACAAAAAUAAUUUAAUGAAUAUUGUUGAGAAGUUUAAACGAAAAUCAUGUCGAAUGUAGAAGGACUAACCCACAUUUUUUACCUAGUUCUGCGAUCUUCGCAGGUGUUCUUUAAAACCUUUUCCAAAUUCUAUCAACCAAGGUCAUUUUUCUCCACUGCGAGGUUCCCUUUUGGAACGCCGUGAUGUACGAGAAGAUGAAAAAAAAAAGAAUCAAAGAGGUGUGAAAAGGGCGCUCCAAUGAUAAAUUUCUUGUCGAUUCACGUGAGGCAACUCCCCCGUCUGGCGCGACUUUGCGGCGAGAGAUUUAAGUUCCGCAGGCUUGCGCCAAGAAAAACCCAGCGCUAAAAUUUGCGCGAACCUCGCGCAAUACAGGGCGCAAGCUUGCGCUAUGGGAGGGCUGCUUUAGAGCUCACAAACUCAUUUACAGUAAUUCCGAAACUGUUUCGUCUAUGUUUUUCUAUUUUUCCUAAAUUAUGUUUUUCUUUUUUUCUAUAUAUUUUUUUCUGGUUUUUUUAUAAAUGAAAUUUUAUCAUCAUCGUUUUUUUAGUUGACUUCAUAUUUGUAUGCGACGCGUCGAAACGUAUCUUUUUCGAGAGAUUCGAUGUAUUGGUUUAUCCGAUUAUACUUUGAGAAAGGUAAUUAUUUUGUUUUUCUUCCUAGCGAAGACGUUUUUUUUGAUUAUUUUUCUUAAAAAUUAACUCCAGAAAUUACAAAAAAGUGAGUUCGAUAUUCUUUGUAUUAGCUGUAAUACUGAAUUUUUCAGAUCUAAUGAAGAGAGAGUUCAACAAUAAGAUUCUCAUGGAGUGGUGAACAUGAUAUAUGGAAGUUUGCAAUGUUGAGGUUUGUAGUUUUCGAAUAACAUUUCAUUAUUUCUCUUAUGUUCUUGGUACAAUCCAAAGCUGUACACUACGUCUAUAAUAAGGAUAUAUACAGAAAACUUGAAGAGAUUUCGAAAAAAAGUUUAUCAGAGUCAAAAAAAGACGAUUUUUGUGAUGGAUUAAUAUUAAUAAAAUGGCUAUUAUGAUGAAACUUGGGUUCCAUAGGUAAUUCUUUACGCUCAAUCGGAUGGCUUUUAACAGAUUUUUUUGAUAUAUUUUUCUGGAUUCGCCGAAAAGUCCAUGAUCGAGGGUGGUCCUAUCCUUAUUGGACGCAGUGUACCAGAUAUAAUAUCUGUUCAUAUAAAAAAAUUAAAGGGACCCUGAUAAUCAUGUGAUUGUUUAACAAAAAAAUAUGUUUUUUUAUUUUUAACAAAAAAAUCGUAUAAAGUGAAAAAAAGCAACUAUAAAACUUCAGCUAUGAUACGCCGAAUUUUUCGACACGAUGAUGGUCAAAAAGAAAGAGGUUCCUCCACCCUGGUUCGAAAUAUGCGAAUAAAAAGUAAUUUUUGAUUAUUUUUUUAUCUUUGAAAAAAAGUUUUUUUAGAUGAGAGCGAUGGAACGUUCGCUGCGUAACGUCCCAAGCCAUCGAUUCGCAGGCCCUUAUUAGAAGACUUUUUCCGAGGCUAAUGGAUGAAUGAAGGAAGAAAUUGUGUUCAACACUAUCGAGAUUCUGCUAGCGCAACUGUACACAUCUUUAUAUUGUUGAAAACCCACUUGCAAGAAUAUGAACAUCAUAAUUUCAUGUAGUUUUCUGAAAAGUCGAGACUAUACUGGAAAUCGUUAUGCGCGAUCAAUUAUUCAAGCUACUUGUAAUUAUAUUUUACCUAGCCCUUACCAGGUAACUACGCAGGCACUUGUUUGCAAGUUGAGUUGCAACAUUUUUUUAGAUAGACCUGGAUAGGGAUGCUUGAAAACAAAAAAAGUUUACCUACUGGGUUUAAAAAUUUGCAGAGAAAUAGGCUCACUAAACUGCACAGAAAAAGAUUUGAAAAAAAUACUUUUUAUAAUACUACUUUUCAUUAGAUUGAAGUAUCAGAACUCUUGCAAGUGGAAAUUUUUUUAUUGUAUGUCAUGAUGUAUUUUUUUGAUAUUUCUGCGUUUUGAAAUUGUUCCAUGUUUCACUUUUUUUCACUGUUUCUGAACUUCCGGGUCUUCUGAAUCUUACUAUUUUUGCAAAAAACCCCCCGGUUGUUUUAUUACUGGAAAUAAUUCGAGUCAUUGUAAUUAUUAAACAUAGCUUAAAUUUUACCAUUCUCACGUUAUCUUUUUCCUUUCAUUAUUGAUUGAUACCAUGAAAUCCAAUGCAUCUUAAAGACUUCAAUUGUUGUAAAGUGUAAAAUUAGUUCAUUUUAGAAAUAAAUAUAGUUUUUUUUCCAAGUUUUCUGUGUUUGUUCAGCCUCUUUGAGCUGCGACACUCACAGGUUGCUUGUAUUUUUGUUUAAAUCAAGCUGAAAAUUCAAUGCUAUGGAUAAAUAGAAAAAAAGCUUGAGUUAAAUAAAAUACAGGCGACCUUUGAGCGUUGUAACUCAAAAGAGGAAAAUAAGAGGAAGGACGAGGAGGAGAAAGGAAAAGGAUAUCACGAAUGCGUGCUCCAUGGAUAAUUCGCGCAAGCUUGCGGCUAACAUGUGCACAUACUCGCGCAAUUCACGGCGCAAGCCUGCGAAAUCCUCGCCGCAAAGUCGCGCCAGACGGGGGAGUUGGUAAAGCGAAACGGACGUGCUCCGGACAUUUCUGGGCGAUUAUAGGGAUCAUUUAAGAGGGCUGAGGCCACUAAAGUGGUUACCAGAAAUGCCCCGACAUGUCCGAUUCGCGUUGCCAAGGUCCGAGAUGACACGCCUCAUCGGCUCGCUUGCGAGUCCCCUCUUGGAACGCCGUGACAUUGGUAACUCCAAACGGGCGUGCUGCGGACGUUUAUGAGCAAUUCUAGGAGACUCUUAAGGAUGCUGACGCUACUAAAGUGGUCGUAUGAAAAAAGACCAGCGAAAAUUAAAACGGCGACUUUUCCGAUUUGUUCAUAUCGCUAGGGAACUUUCUGACGGCCACCUUUCCGACGAAUCUUUUUCCGACUUUUUUUUCUCGGUAAAAUCUUCGUUUUCAAUCUUCCUAUAUAAAGUAGGUAACUGAUGAUUAAAACACCAAGAAAUAGGAAAAAAAAUUCACUUCAUGAUUAAAACACCAAGAAAAAGGAAAAAAAAAUAUUUAUAGAUUUUUUAUAAACCCAAAAAACAUAAGGGGAAAAAGUCGGAAAGGGAUCCGUCGGAAAGUUUCCUAGCGAUAUGAAAAAAUUGGAAAAGUCGCCGUUUUAAUUUUCGUUGGUUUUAUUUUUCAUACCACCACUAAAGUGGUCCCUAGGAAUGCCCGGACAUGUCCGUUUUGAGUUACCAGUGUCCGAGUUUUUACUUUUUUUUUGGAGUUUUCAAUGCCCGUUUGGAUGUGAUUCCGCUAAAUCCAAAAUAGUGGUCAGAUGAACAAAUACUGUUUUUCUUUUCUCCUUUGCAAUUUAACACACAAAAAAAACCCUCAGCUGCUUUUAAGAGCAUUGGGCUGGUACCUGAUAUUUUCUAGCCGGCCUCGCAGGUGGUGAAUCUAUUGUGUCGAAUUUCCAUGACCCGUCAGAAGAAGUUUGUUGAAAGCUUCCUGCAAUAAUUUCAACAUUGAAAAACGCAAGACAAAAGUCCAUAUUUCGAAUCACAAUAUUUUGGCUGAUUAGCUAUAUAGAUUUGUUAGUAAGUUAAGAAAGCGUUAUUCAGUCAGAAGAACUAACUAGGCGGUGCGCUAGAGCUCCGCUCGGCCUUGACAAAACUAAGUAUCCUAGACGCCGAAGGCCGUAACGGCUUUUUCCGCGGGGGUCCCAUCAUCGCUUUGUCAGCAUCGCGCUGCCAACAGUUUAUGCUUCAGCCACAGGAAUGGGCUUCAGCGUGACAUUGCGUAUCCAGUUUGCAAGCAAAAAGGAUCGGCACUCCGGGAGUCCCGCGGGCCUAAUCUACUAGCGCUUACAACUUAUAAACUUAUUUUAGAAAUUAGAAAUUUUAUGAAAAGGAAAACUUAUCUUGACGUAGAAUCCAGGAGCAAGACGGAGUCGUGAUGGAAGUAGAAAGGAGAUUUGAACUUAAGUCAUAAAAGAAGAAAUGACACGUUGCCACGUGGUUUUUCACGUGUAAAUUUUUUCGAUGUCAACAAAAUGACCUUUCACGGGGUUCACGUUUUUUUUUUGCAGAGAAUGAAAUUUUUGUUUUGAAUUAAGUUCUGGUUCUUAUGACGUGAAUGGUAGAGAUAAUGGAGACACUAAAAAACUUUUUAAAUUUCAAAGUUUUUAAUUAUUGGGCUCUUUAGUUGUUUUUUUCUGCGGUUUUUGUAUCAUGUUUGUCCUCUUGUAAAAACAUAAUUCGCAGCCAAAUUGAAUCAGCAACAGCAGUUUGAAGUUUUUAUAAUAUAAUAAUCUGGAUUACAUUAUUUUUUUCUACUUUUAUAAUGAUUUUUCGAACUUAAUUAAAAAAUCCGCCAUACAAGAUUUUUUUUUUUUACAUUUGACUUUUCCAAUUUCAGAAUGAAGAAUGUGAGCUGCUUGACGAACAUCUGAAAAAGACGGCGGUGUUAAAAAAGAACGAGUUUCUAGUCAACGCUGAUAGGUCCGUUUUGCUUUGAUUAUGUUUUGGUUAACAUUGAUUUUUUUGCAGCACAAACGAGACAAAUCUUCAACGUUUCCGCGUCGUAGAGAAGUACAAUGAGGGAAGGUUUGGGGCUGUAUACGUAACGACGUCGGAGUUUUACACAGAGUAAUUCUUUCUUUCUUUUUUUUUUGGCGGAGAAUUAGAGGGUUUUCUUCAGAGGCGAGGCCGACGUGACGCCAGGACAGUCGUGUAUGGUAAAGGCUUGUCUGCGUAUGGGACACGCGACGAGAGUUCGGAUGAUUCGCGAAAUCCGCAUGAUGCGCACCGUACUCGCCCAUAAGGACCAGAAAAGAAUCAUGCCGUUGCUCUGCGAAGGGCGCGUCCUUGGAGUUCCUUUCCUGGGUCAGGACUUUCUUUCAAAAAGAUGUUAGAAAGUGCGAAGACAAGUCUAGAACGCCUUCAAAUGUUUUUGUAUCGAAAAGCACCUUUUCCAAAAGCCAAAAGCUUUGAAAAAGAAGAAAAUUUUACUUCCGUGUUUUUUCUUUUCCUCUUUUUUCAAUUCCAACACUUUCUUUUGUCGGUUUCGAGUUAUUUGAAUUCUUCAGCCAAAAGUUUUUCGAAUCAACUGACAAUAAUUAGAUAUAUCAAGAGCAAGUUCCAAUUUUCAGUGAUGCCAGCAAUGGACGCCAACUUGGAGAAGACGCUGGAAAAUGUUCCAACGUUGUCGAUUCCGAGCGUGUUAUUCAUCGCUCAGGAGAUGUUGGUCGCCAUCAAGGUUCCCUUUUAGUGUAUUUUUACGAGGAAAAAGAACAUAUUUUUCUUUUAAAAUUAAUUUAUUUUUCGUUUUGCACCAUCAGAAAAGUAAAAUCAAUACGAUCAUAUCAUAAUUUCCACCCGUUAUCUUUAAAUUUAAUCAUUUUUAUCCACCUUCUUGUAGUUGAAACUUCUUCCUAACUCCAUAUUUUUUCGAACAAUCUUCUCAUAACCGAAGGGACAAACUUUUUGAAAUAUCGACUAUUUUUUCUCACCUGUUCAUGAAAUGGAUGUCUAUGGAAUUUUGGAAAUUUUUUUUUAGUUUUAUUGGAAAAAAAAGAUUAUCAUUUUUAAGUCGUGCCACAAGGCGAGCGUCGUCCAUCGCGACAUCAAACCGACCAAUUUUGUGAUGGGCCAAAAUUUGCUCCACUGGUACCUGGCCGACUUUGGCGAAGCGUAUUCCGAAGGAAAACGAGCAACGUGAGUGUAGUUGGGAGAGAAAAUUAUCCCAAAACAUCUCGAACCCCCUGGGGAUCGAACUUUCGACCCUUCGCACCGUAGACAGGCACACAAACCGUUGCACUAGGGAGAGCCUCAAAAAACUAUGCUGGAAAUGAUUUUAAAACGAACUUUGUUUUGAAAAUACUUUUUUUUUCAUUUAGAAUAUCACCUCCCGAUGGCUAUACUCUACCCUACUUUGCGUUGGAUUUGCACUUGGCCUUGAAAGAUUCGGUCGUCGUGAAAAAGUCGGUCGACGUUGAAAUGUGGUUCUACGUUAUCUUGAGGCUGUAUGUUAAAAAACGUAACACCUAAAAAAAUUGGUUGAAAUUUUAUUUUUUGUGAAUUUUCAUGAAACUGUUUCUUCAAACAAGUAUUUUUAGGCUGAAAGUGCUCCCGUGGCAAAAGACGACGGUUUAUUCUGAAGUUCGCGACGCGAAAAUUGACUUUUGGAAAAGUGAGUUUUGAUUUAAAAAAAUGUGUGGUAAAGAGAGUCUGUUAGUAAUUUAGGGAAGAGUAAACUUGUAAUUUCAGAAAUUAGAGAUGAGUUCUGUAUGAUUUUGUAACUUUUAAGGAAUAUUAAAGAGGCGCUAGAGUCACUUAAGUGAUAACUUAACUGCGCAGAAGCCUGACACUUGCGAUAAGAACAUUCUGUUCAUUUAAAAAUAUAUUUUUUUUAAUCUCUUGAGACAGGAAAAUGUUUGAGAAGAAAGAAAAUUUGCGAUUUGUACGAUUUUUCACUUUCACUAAACAUAAAAAAAAGACGUUCAUGUCACUUAAGCGAUUGCUAAAAAGCUCAAAAAGUUGUCCCAAUGUCUAGUUUCAGUCAUUUAAAAAAUAUUUUUGAUACUCAAAGGAUCGAAAAUGUUGAAAAAUUUAGAACAUUAUUCCAAAAGUUGAUGAAAUUGAUAUAAUAAAUUUGGUUAGUUAUUAGGAAAGCGAACCGCGAGAAAAUUUGAGAAGAACUUAGGAAUAUAAAAGGUGUUCUGUACAGUUCUUCAAUUUUAGAAAAAACAAAAAAAUCUGCUAAAUCACUCAUUAGUCCGCUAAAAGGCUCAAGAACCGAUUUGAGAAAUUUGAGCCAUUUUUCUCGAAAUCUGAAAAAAGAAACUUCAGAAAUGGAAUCUAAAUGCGCAAACAUGCCCGAAGUCGUCCGGAAACUGGCGAAACACGUUUGCGACGAGGGCACGGCCAGCGCGGGCCUUUCCAAAAUCCUCGAGGAAGGAUUUUUGGAAGCCCAAAAGUCGGCAUCCAUUUUCAUGACCCAAUCUUGAACUUGUCUUCAGAGGCCGCGGGAAGUUUGUUCCCGACUGGAACCCGAACACCGCCCCGCAACUCCCGUCUCCAGGGCCUCAAAGUUCGGAGAGGCCGAGACCGGAUCGUUCCGUCAUGCAACAGCUCAGAUGA